AUGGGGCUGCGAGGCAGUCCGCAAGCUAGCGAUGGCUCCGAGAGGCGCAGAAUGCCGAUCAAAGUGCUCUACACACUCAAUUUUGCGAAUCAAUCGCGCGGCAACGAUCAAAACGACGGCAAUGAUAGAGUGCCUCAUCGCGGCUCAGACUCAUCUUCACGCAAGCGCUCGUCACAGCAAGAGUACAUAGCGCGAUGGCAGGGCGGAGUAGAAGUCCAGAUACGCUCUCAUGUUGCGCCACUGCCUAACACGUCCGCAUCCGGCCAAAGUGACGUGCAGCUCGGCAAGCGACGUGACUUUGGCGAGGUGCCUCUUAAGACCUGUCUGGGUGCCAUCUGCAUGUCUAGGCCGGAUUUGAUCCUCGAUCAGAACAAAGAUUUUCAGGUCUCCUCUCUAGACGCUUACGAAUCCCAUCUGCGCUCUCGCGAAGGCUCGGUGAGCCAGAGCUACGGACAUUCCCGGCAGAUGCCCGAUUCACCAGGACCGUCAGGCUCGACGCGCACGCGAACGAGUACGAACGCGCUUCAUCUUUCACCCUCUAGACGACCAGAGGAGGGUCUGCUGGAGGGCAAGGGCAUGCUUAGCUGGUGUCUCGAAGAGAUCAACGUCAACUCUGCGACGACCGUCAUAGGGCGCGUCGUCGUCAGUGAAGCUGCGACAGGGCGAGAACACGAUGUGCUCGUUACGCGCUCUCCUGCCCAUUCAAAACCCGCCACCAAGCGACUAAGAAUGACAAAGGAGACGAUGAAAGAAGAGUGGCAGCUCGCCGAUGAAGAUACAGAUGGUCUCGUGGAGACUCUUGAAGUCUAUCUGCAAUUGACGGAAAGACCCAAGAUCAGUCAAUCGCAAUUCUUCAGCUCCCUCAGCGCCUUUGGACGCGGCAAGAAGACCGCUUCGAGCUCUUCUGGCCCAUUUGGAGAUGUCUCGGCGCACACCGCUCCUUCGCCUAAUAUGAGUGCCUUUGGAGAUUCGCAAAGCCGCACAAGCAAAACGACGCCGUCCGAUUCGACGGGCAAGGCGCAUUCGCCGCUUGUUCCCCAAUCAGAGCCUGUAGGGCCGAGAACAGUGCAAGAGGAUACUCUACCGGUGGCACAAUCCGUCGGCGGUGAUCCUGUCAAGAAGCGACGCGGCCGGCCGCCAGGCGCCAAAAACAAGGUCCAAGACACUGCCAUCGUCGCGGCUCGACGGACCUCAACAGCAACAGAGACGCUCGUUAUGGCAUCUGAUAUGCUUGCCGAACUCGAUCCGAACGCGUUCGCUGCCUUUCCCACCAGCACAACUCCGGCAGAGCUCCAAGACGACUGUGACGAUAGUGCUGCUUCGCCUGCCGAUACGGCGUCUGGCAGGAAGAAGCAGGUGCGUUUAUACAACAGUCAGGGAUGUUCCAACUGUGGCGUCAAGAAGAGCUGCACCUGGCGUCGUCGACGGAAUGGCAAUGACGAAGUCCGUCUUUGUAAUACUUGUGGGGUCUUCUUCAAUACUAAAGGCUUUCAUCGUCCGGUCACGAAAGCAUACAAGCCUACCAAAGUCUUGACACAAGGUCAAGAUGCGCUAGGCAAGGAAGCAGACGACCAGAAAUUCGUGACCCUCUCACCGACUCAUCCCGAAUCGCGCAAGUCGCGUAGCUCGCCACGUCAGGUAUCGCGCAAGCGUGCGCAUUCCUUACCAGCCUCUGCGCCGCCUUCGCCCGAGAAGGAACAAAGUGCUAAAGUCGAUGCAGCGGUCAACAUCAUCCAGCCAAGUCCAGGCACUGCAGCUCUCUAUAGCUUACUAGCAGGCGCUGGCAUGGAUAUUCAGGCGGAGUCCAGGAGCGAGAGACAGCAAAGGCAGUCAUCCCUGCCCAUCAGCGGCGAGCCCGAUUGGUCGACCUUCUUCUCGGCGCCUGACCAAAUCGAUUCCGCUACGUCACUCGCACCGGAUAGUCCCAGCCUGACGCCUCACAAGCUCGCAAAGCUCAGCAAUUCAGUCAAGCGGAUUACCGAUAUCCCUGAUGUUGCUGCCAACCUCUUUACGCAGGUAGAAGAUAGACCCACUCCUGCGGAAAGCGCGACACCGCACAGCACCACAAACGAAUGGCAGCCUUUCCAGCCAUCGCAGACCCAUAAACGACAAAUCUCUGGCGUGGAAGGAAGCGAAUUCGAUUUUGAGCUGCCGCAGAUAUCAGUCUCGCAACGUCGUCUGGCUCACGUCAGAUCGCGUCAAUCGAGUGACUUUGACAUGUCGAGCCUGCCGCCUUCCUCGCCUCCAGUGUUGCCCGCUCAUCUACUACUGCCGAGCGAUAUCAACGAGGGCAUCUCGCCCUUGUCGGAGGCAUCGUGUAUCGACACAGUGGCCGACCAGACUAUCACCCAUUUUGAGCAAACCACCCGAAUCAUGAGCGUCGAGAGCAAGGACCGCAAUACAUGGAGCGAAGAUACUAUAUCUGCUCUCGCCGGUAAUCUCGGCCUGGAGCAGCAGCAGCACGACGUCGAAGCUUUGCUGAGAGCGAGCCCGAAUGAUCUCAACUUCCUCGAUCUUAUUGACACUUUUUUGAAAGAAGAGCCACCAGUCCAAAGAACUGUUGCAGCUGGUGUACAAUAG